AGCUGUUGUCUCUUAGCAUGUUAGCAUAUCAGCAGCGGUUACCGGGCAGUCUUUCUCCCGGUGUUUGUGUAGUUAAACAUUCUGACCGGAGAUCUGUGGCGACCGGAAAACAUGAAACACGGACAGAUAGAGGGAGACAGAGAGGAGCAGAGGGCUUGUUACCCAGAAUCCUUUGAGGUUGGCGCCUCUGAGCAGCAGCUCUUUGAGGAGGUGGAGGUUAAGGUGGAAGAAGGCGAUGGUGAUGAAGACUAUCGUCAGGAUGCAGACUUCACGUUCAAGGAGGAGGAAGUUGAUGAUGGCGAUGUAGACUGUUGUCAGGGUCCAGGCCUCAGAUUUAAGGUGGAGGAACAGGAAGAUGAUGAUGAUGAUGAAAACUUCCGUCAGGAUCCGGACUUAAGUUUUGAGGUGGAGGAAGAGGAUGAUGGUGAUGUAGAGUCCUGUCAGGAUCCAGACUUUAGUCCUCAUCAGAAAGCCAGGAGGAGAAAUCCGUCAUCGUCACAGAGCAGCGGCGGGAAGGCAGGUGGCAAGCUGAGAGCCCGGGCAGAUGUUAAAGCGAGGAAGGAGCAUCAGUGUAACGAGUGUUCGAAGAGCUUCGACCGUCCGAGUCGUCUGAGGAUCCAUCAAAGGACUCACACCGGUGAGAAACCGUUCGAGUGCUCUGACUGUGACAAACGCUUUAAGAGUAAAUCCAUCCUGUCAGCUCACCUGAAGACUCAUGGUAGCGAGCGGCCAUUCUGCUGUCACGAGUGUGGGAAGUGUUUCCUACAGAGGCAGGCGCUGGUGGAGCACAUGAGGACUCACACAGGCGAGCGGCCCUUUACCUGUCAGCUCUGUAGCCUGAGCUUCUUUGCUAAGAGCCACCUGCAGCGCCACCUGCUGACCCACACAGGUGAGCGCCGCCAUCAGUGUGUGGAAUGCGGGAAGUGCUACAAGAGGAAUGAGCACCUGAGCAGUCACAUGCGCGUCCACAGCGGCGAGCGUCCGUUCAGCUGCAUGGACUGUGGCCGCAGCUACAGAGAGCGAGGACGCCUCCAGCUGCACCUGAGGACGCACACAGGUGAUAGCAAACGCCAUGCCUGCACGCUCUGUGGCCUGCGCUUGGUGUCGGCCAAUCACCUGCAGAGACACAUGCAGACACACGGUGGCGAGCGGCCGCACCGCUGCCCUGACUGCAGCAAAUGCUUCAGCAGGAAAGACAAGAUGAUGGAGCACAUGAGGAUCCACACCGGAGAAAAACCAUACCAGUGCUCCAAGUGUCAGCUCAGCUUCAGGUGGAGGGCAGCACUCAACGCCCAUAACCAUACUCACUCUGUGGAGAAAGAGCAGCUCUGAUUGGACAGCCAGGACUCAGGCUGAGAUUUAAUCUGCACUUUACUGGACCACAGUCAGGUGAUAUUUUCACCUGUAAAGAAUCAGAAGUUCAACACACACCGCAUGCCUUUUAGAGUCAGGAGAAGAAGUCCAGGUACAGAAGAGGACAGUUGGUUUUUAUUAGAAAUUAAAACUUCCCUGAAUUUGGGACAACAUGUCGACUGCAGAGACUUUACCAGCUGGAGUUUACUCCCUUGGUGAGUCCAUACACAGGAGUCAGUGUUUCUCCUAGGUUACUUUUUUUUUCUUGUUAUUUACGUGUCAACGCCUGAAUGCAACACAGGCUCCACUCUAAUUGAGUGUGUGAAGACUGCCGUGCUGCGCUGCUGUGCGAGCGGCGUGUUUGACUGUGCAUAACAGCAGUGUUUUGAUGGUCAGGAAAAUG